AUGAGUGAAACACAACAAGAACCACUUUCUCAAGAAGAAACAACAACAACACAACUAGAAGAAUAUAAAAUGGUUUUUUGUGUUAGAAAUGAUUUAAAAAUGGGUAAAGGUAAAAUUGCUGCACAAUGUGGUCAUGCUGUGGUUGAGUGUGUUCUUAAAUCAUUACAAACUCAGCCAGAUGUUUUAAAAUAUUGGCAUGAGCAUGACCAAACUAAAGUUGCAUUAAGAGUUGAUUCAUUAGAACAAUUGUUUGUGUAUUUCAUUAAUUUAUAA